AUGUCGCGAAGAAAACACGACCCGUCCCGGUCUCUUGCCUUCCUCUUCCUACUCCUCUGCAUCUUGCUGCCCCAUGUCGCGCUUUCCCAGCGACUAGAAGCCUGCCAUGCCUGUGUCCCGACCUCAGUGAGGAACCAGGCCGCGAUCGGGUUUGACCUCGGUCAAUCAUACGGCACAUCUGUUGCCUACCUAGACAAUGGGACAACGAUCAACCUUGCCAAGGUUGCCGGAAGCCCCAAGUACAUGGCCCUCACAGAGCGGCUCAUGCGGACCCCCCCGCUUGAAAGCGGGCUUCGGCGGCCCUUCUGGCGGAGAAUGACAAGGUUGGCGAUGCUGACCCUCGGACUACCUGCGAACCGCGAAAUCGCCGUCCUAGCCAAGAUGGUCGCCGAUCUGAAGGCUGAGACCAAGGCUGCACUGGGGGCACCCUUUGGAAUGGUCGUUGUAACGGCGCCGUGGCAGGAUGUGUGGCGGGAUGACGGGACCCUUGAUAGCGACCUUUACGACGCGCUUGUGCUGGCCGGUGUGAAGCCGUGGACGUUCGACCUCGGCGGCGGGCCUGUCUAUAUGGGCGAGCUCAACACCGUGCUCGGCGCAAGCGGGCGCUGGCUAUGCGAGCCCUACGGGUGCGGCGACACCGACGAGGACGACACGUAUCAGGGCGUAUUCUUUAUCAGCUUCACAAACCGCUCCCUGUACACCUCCUUCCAGCGAGCCAGGUGCUUUUAUAAGCACUCAUGGCAGUCGUUGAGCGCCAUAGACGCCGAGUACGGCCUCGACGAGAUGGCCAAGGCGGCCACGCCGGCGCAGUUCUGGGACGCCGUUCGGGCGCGACUGGCCUCCCGCGUCGCCGAGCAUACCAAGCAUCGUAGGCAUGGCCAUUACACCAUCACCGUAGCGGUUGAGAUCGUCGUCGUGGCUGGCGAGGCGGCCGACAACCCGGACUUCCUUGGCGUCGUGCGGGACGUUGUGCGGGACAUUCCCAGGGUUCACAGGAUCUGCUUCGACGGCGAGGUCGGGUGCGAGCAGGGCACUGCUGUGAAGGCGGACGUCGAACUCGUUGUCUUGGACGAUCCAGCCUUUGCUGCCGCGAGGGGCUCCGCCCUCUUGUCGCGCCUGGUUCUGGAGGGGCGCUGGUAUUGUUCAAGUGCCGAGUGUUGCGCUGAAUCACAGUACCUCAAGGUGGGGGGACCGUGGGACAAGACGCAUGUCGAGCUAUGA